AUGACUAAAGGUGGUCACCUCAAGGUUAUAUGGGUUGCUGUUCGAGCUGGUGGUGGAGGCGAUUUCUUCCAUGCGCCAUCUCAAGUCCAUGGGUCUGAACGAGCUUGGCUCUGGCUUUCAAGCCUGACCAGUGUGAUUGGAGGGUACAGCACCCUGGCCGUGAACAUUCCCGACUUCUCUCGCUUCAGCAAGGAUAGCCGCGCUCAGUUCUGGCAGCUACCGGUCAUUCCAUUCUUCAAGACAAUCGUCGCUCUAUUCGGUGUCGUCUCGGCCGCGGCUGCGCAGGAGAUCUGGGGCGUCCCCUACUGGACACCGCUCGAGAUCAUCGCUACAUGGCAGAAUACUCCGGGCGGCCGCGCUGCGGCCUUCUUCUGUGCUUCUAUCUGGCUUCUUGCGCAGAUUAGUGUCAACAUCAGUGCAAACGCGGUGUCUUUUGCCAACGAUAUUACAACGCUCGCGCCCAAGUGGUUCAACAACCGCCGAGGCACUGUGUUUGUCGCCUUCCUUGGGGGUUGGGCGCUGUGCCCUUGGAUCAUCGUGGCAUCAGGCAAGGCAUUCAUGAACUUCAUGUCGGCCUACUCAAUCUUCAUGGCGCCCAUGGCUGGUAUUCUGUUUGCGGACUACUGGCUGGUCAAGGGGCGACGUUACGACGUACCUGCGCUCUACGAGCCGCAGGGAAUCUAUCGUUACGGCAAAUAUGGCACCAAUUGGCGCGCAGCAAUCGCGACAUUUGGCGUAAUUAUACCGUUAUUGCCAGGUCUUGCGUCGAAGGUUUCUUCGUCUGUCAGUCUCAACGACGGUCUGAACAACCUCUUCAGCUUCAACUGGUUGUACGGCUUCUUUCUUUCCGUCUUUAUAUAUUACACACUGAACUACUUCUUUCCUCACAAGGACACACUCAUUCCAUCUGUAGUUACAGGAUUUGAGACUACUCUGAUAGGGGUAGACUCUGAUACGGAGAGCCAGAGAGCGGAAGGCGUAAAGAAGCAGGAGUGUGGAGAAAGUGUCGAAAAGAGUCCUUCUUGUACAGAUACCAACCUGGCCAUUUCUUAG